UAUAUUUCUAAAAUGGGUUCUCAAGAGAGUAAGUAGGAAGGUCAAAUAUAGGACUCAAGAUAUGGGAAAGCUACAUUGAUUAGAAAAUACAAUUAGAUAUGUGCAAUGAGGAAAGUAAUAAUAUAGGAUUAAAGUUAACAUGAUGGAUUUGUAAAGAGAGCAAAGGUUGAUCAUGAGAAUUUGGUGAAAAUAUUGGAGAGUGGAAUUUAGAAGGAAUAAGAAUUGUGCACUUCAUAUUAGAUAAUGUAUAUAGUAAGUGAAUAUUACUCGACUUCAUUUCAUAAGGAGAUAGUGAACAGAAAAGGUAGAGGAGCAUUUUGGAUAGAGUAAGAACUAUGGAAUCAAUUGAUGGGGUUAGUGAAUGUAAUGUAUAUUAAUAUGAUAAAGUUGUUAAUGACAAUGUAAGAAGCACAUUUGGUUCAUCAGAACAUAAGACCAUUGACAAUAAGUUAUGUGAAUGAAAACACAUUGAAGCUUUGUGAUAAUUACUUUCAAUAGAGUGCAUUUUAGAUGGCGUAAUAGAAUCCUGAGAAUUAGAAAUUAUUUGAAUUAUCACCAAAGUUAUUGGAAGCUAUAAAUUAGAAUAAUUAAUUCCCUAGACACAAUCUAUAUAAAAGUGAUGUUUGGAGUUUAGGAAUGUGUAUGUUAUAAGCAAGUUUAUUAGAUCAUUGUAGAGAUUGUUUUGAGUAUAUAUAUUUAUAAAUAUAUUAUAUAGUUUUGAAGGAGGACAUGUUGAUUUAUCAAGAAAACUAGCAUUAUUGAAAAAGAAUUAUUCAAUUAAAUAUGAAUCUGUUAUUGUAGCUAUGUUAUAAAUGGAUGAAGAAUCUAGACCAGAUUUCAAAUCAUUAAACAAUUUAAUGAAGGGGAAUCCUGAUUUAGGAAUAUCAAAAUCAUUAGAAAACUCUUUAAUUAAUCAUUCUGCUAUUUGUUUAGAUUCUAAGUCUCCCAUGAAUUUAAAAGAAGACAGUCCUUAAGAUCCAUUAAAUUAAUUAAAAGAAUAAGUAGAAAGUAAACCAAGUAAGAUAAUGAUUGAAUUUGAGUAAUUGAGAAUUAAACCUAAACUUACAAUCAAGAAAACUAAAAAGAAAGAAUUAGGAUUUUAUAAGUAUUAAGAUUAAAUGGUUAUAAAAGAUCAAAGUAAAUCAUAAGUUUAAUAAAAACUGAAUAGUUAUGCUUCAGUUGAUUAUUCAUUCAAUAGAUAGUUAGUCAAUUCUUCAUUGUAAUUCACUAAUAAUUCAUAAUAGAAAUAAAACACUGAAAAAGAGAAGAUUGAAUAAUUAAUUGGAAAUGGAUUAUAAUCAUAUUCAAUUGGUCUUGGUGGAUUUACUACAAUCUCAACUAAACCAUAAACAUCCUUAGUAGAAUCCUAAAAACGACCUUAAUUAGAAUCUACUAAAAAUACUCAUCCUCAUGUUAUAACUAUAGAUACUCAUCCAUCAUGCAAUAGUAUACCCUUAAGUUAUACUGAAAUACCUAUUAAUUAUUCUAUCAAAAAAGAUAUUAAUUAUAAAUAAGAAAUGGAAUAGAUGAUUGAAAUGAAUAAAUCAAGAUGUUUUAAAACUGAAUAAUAUCAAGAUGGAUCCUAAUAUGUUGGAGAAAUCUACAAUCAAUUAAGAGAUGGAUUCGGAAGAUAUCAAUUUGUUUAAGGUGGUUAUUAUGAAGGAUAAUGGAAAUAGAAUAAAAUGCAUGGAUAUGGUACACUCUUCUAUGGAGUUGGUUAAAAGGCAUAUGAAGGAUAGUUUGAAAAUGAUUAAUUUUCUGGAUUUGGAACAUUGUACAAUAAAGAACCUACUAAAUUGAAUGCUCCAUUUGAUUGUUCUAAUUUUGAUCUUAUUGAAAAGUAAUACUUCAUCUAUUCUUCUAGUUAUUGGGUUAAGUAUGUUGGUCAUUUUAAAAAUGAUCUUAAAGAUGGUUAAGGAGCAUUGUACCUAUCUAAUGAUGAAUGUUACAAAGGAGAAUUCUAUCAAGAUUAUGUUGAUGGAAAUGGUACAUUUGGUUCAUUUAUUGGAGUUUGGCGUUAAAAUAAAUUGAUUAAAUGAUAUAACCUAGUCUUUUUUUUAUUUCAAG